CUAAAAUACUUAAAAGUGUUCAUUACCAAAUUAGAGUUUGGUGCAUAGUUGUUAAAUAGUUGCUACAACUUGUACUUAUUGAAGGAUAUUUCUCCACAGUGAGUCUCAAUCACACUUUUCUUUAUAAUAAUAGAAGCCUUUCCUAGUUGCAGUUAGAUGUAAUUAGGUAAUUCACACAGAUCAUUACUUGACUUCAUAUACUCUUAGGAUUUCAAGACUCGCAGUUUUAAAAGUACAUUUUUCUUCCUUUAGCCAUUCAUAUGUAAUUUUUCAGUGUGCACUUGUAGCUUUCAUUUGUGAAUGUUGAGGAUCUGAUAUAUAGAAUUUCAAAAUAUGAGUUAAUUUCUGUAAGCUUUCUACUACUCUUAGCUUGAUAAAUUCUGCUCUGCUUUCAAUUGGUAAUUGUCUGUUGGACGAAAUCGUCUAAGAAAAAAAAAAGCAUGCUAAAGUACACUUGCGCAGGAAAACUGACCUUUCCAGGGUUCUCACUCAUGCAAUGAAAGAGAAAAAUUUCACAUUUUUUUGUUGUUUUUUCGUGUAACAUUCGUCAAAUUUUGAAAUGUGGAUAAAGAGGAGUGCUGAUGUUUUUAUUAAACACCGUAGUAUAGUUUUCACUGACUUAAAAGUGCAAGUGUAUUUUUGUGUCAGAAUGACUUUGCCUGCAUAAUUUACUUCUCUGCUGCUUUAUUUUGGAGUCAAACAUAAACUUGAUUUCUAGUGACUUGGCUUGUUGUCAAUUUUUCUAUUAAUUUCAUCUCUUUCCCCUUUUUGGAUCUUGUCAUGGCUUUUUACCCUCUUGUGAUUUAUUCUUGAUAUUUAACUUAUUGAGAACAUGUUUGGCAAAGCUUUUAUAGAUUAUAAGCUGUGCAUCCUAAUGCUUGGAUGAUAAGGGGGUAAAAGUAGGAAAAAAUCGUGGGUCCUAUGAAUAUGUGGAUAAAAAUAGAGUUUGAUCAGCGUAUAACAAUAAUAAGCUUUGACAAACAUGCUAUUAAUCCACAUGAUUGUAGUUUACCCUUUGUGUUCCCUUCUGCCCUCUGCUUUUUUGUACUUCUGUUUAUAGGCAAAAUCUGUAUUUGUUAUAACAAAACCAUCAGAUUGCAAUAAUUCUGUAUUUCAUUCUUUUUCAGUGCCAAAAACAUCACAUUGUGGGGUUACCUGAUGGAGGAACUGCCAAACCCCAGUCCGACCCUCAAUUGAAUAUUGUCAGCCACGUGGAAAAUUUUACUACAAUCAAAAGUGAGACGCAAUUCAAUGCUGAAUCAAAAUUGCAGGAUAACGCCAACUUAAUGAUGGAUGAAGCAAGCAAUUAUGUCCCCUGCAUUUUAGAUGUUGAUAUUGAGACAGGAAAGCCACACAACCCUAUAAUCUAUGACGAAUCUGUUGAAAUUUUGAAGACUGAUGAUUCCUUAGUAAGGGCAUUGCAGAGAGAGAUUAACCUACAAAUAGGAGGAAAAUUCAUGCAGCUCUUAAUGAACCAUAGCCCUGAUAUACCCAAGUUCGCUUCAAGAGAUAAAUAUCUGAUUGAUAGAGUCUAUGAUACGCCUACUAACAGAUCAAGGAAAUAUAAACGAUCCGUCUCCUUCAAUUCAAGAAGAGUAGUUCUCCUGUUCUCUAUCUUGUCUAGUAUUGGAUCGAUAAUCCUAAUAUACCUGACACUGAGAGUGAGGCAGAUUGGCGACACAUCUGGUAGUCUUUAGCUUUUUUUGUUACAAUCUUUUGUGAAAGAGUCUUGUUAGGAAGUAUUUGGCUUUGCUCUUCGCCUCUUCCUCUUUUGCUUUUGUUUCUCUGAUGUAGGUUUUUCAUCGAUGUACAUAAUUUGAGAAUUUGGAAGUAUAUACAUUAGCUGUUUCAAUUGAUCUUUGUAUACGAGUUUCCUGUUUCCUUGUCA